AAGCGGAAGUAAAAGCUGGAGAUGAGAGGUCAAAUUUUCAUCGUGGAAUACAUGGGUCGCUCUGAAAGUCACUGAACAAUACUAAAUAUGACUUUAAAUAUGUCGCGUUGACGCUACAUCGCAGAAAUUAAUUUAGCGGAUAUCGUCGGUUGUCUUGCUUAGGUUUUGCAGUCACUAAGGGCAAGUACCUUCCCUCUCCAGACAUGAUUCGACCACUGAGAGGGGCUCUUUGGCCCUGUCUAGUUAAGAUCUGCACCUCCAGACCCCUACAACCCUACACUCACCACUCCCACUGGCCGUCCACCACCCCCUCCCGUGCCCACUCCAGCAGCGUCAAGGUCCGCUCCUACCUGCAGUACAUGAAGCGCAAGCUAAAGUCACCCUCCAAGCCUCCCUAUAGCCAUGUGUGCCAGGUGGGGGACCCCGUGCUGCGUGCGCAGGCAGCUACCGUCGGCCCUGAGGAGGUGGGCAGCGCGGAGGUCCAGCAGGUGAUCCGCACACUUGUGCAGGUGAUGCGGCGUCUGGAGUGUGUGGGGCUGAGCGCACCACAAAUUGGCGUACCCCUGCGCAUCCUGGCACUGGAGUACACCAGCCAAAUGCUGCAGGACAGCUCAGAAGCAUCCCGACGGGUCCGGGGCCUGGAGGUCAUCCCGUUAAGCAUCUUCAUCAACCCGGAGUUACGCGUGCUGGACGGGCGCACUGCUGUCUUCCAGGAGGCCUGUGAGAGCAUCUCAGGCUUUUCUGCGUCUGUUCCGCGUUACCUCUCCGUGGAAGUGUCAGGUCUGAAUGAGAAGGGUGAGCCAGUGUCGAGGCAAGCGAGUGGAUGGUCUGCUCGCAUCCUGCAGCAUGAGAUGGACCAUUUAACCGGAGUCUUAUACAUAGAUCGCAUGGACAGUAAGACCUUCGUCAACAUCAACUGGCAGGAGCACAAUGAAUAGCAGCGGGAUUACGUUGUUGAACAGCCAAGAAGAACUGGCCCUCAGGACGGUUACCUGCAGAACCUUGAACAAAAUGUUGCUCUUGAAUUAGGAUUUGUGUGCUCUUCACAAGCAGAUGAAGGUUAAAUGAAAGGCUACAGAAGGCUGUGCAGUCAUAAGAUAAAUGCUGUCAACAGAGGUGCACUAUUUCAAAGAGGAGAUGGACAAUGUUGCAGUCAUCUUCAACAGCGAUCUUCAAAUGAGUAUACACUGUGUGAUUCAAUUCAUUGCUAUUUGGUGUAACUUCUGUAAAUAAAAAGGUGUAAAAGCA